GAAGAGCAGAAAACUACGAAAAUCAAGAAGGCCAUGAAGGCGUCCUACAAUAACGACUGACGAUACGGCCCUAAUGCCAGCCAUACACGUAACGAUAUACUUGCGCAAACUUAGACUUGCACAAGUAUAGUGUAGCGUGUGUUGGAAGAUUUUUGCGCAAGUAUCUAGACUUGUACAAGUCGCAAGAACGUUGCAAUUUUCGAUUCCAAGACUUGUGCAAGUUUACGUUUGCGCAAGUUUACUUGAACGUGCGUGGCAACGAGCGUUCGCAGUUAGCGAUGUCCUGCUGCUUGGUUGUACACACGCGUUGCGUUGUUCAGCACCAAAAUGAGUGAGACACGUGGAGUUCGAGAAAAUUUGGAAGAAUUUAUAAAUGUGUACCGAAAUGAAUCAUGCCUCUGGCAAAUAAAGAACAAACAUUACCAUAAUAGAGAUAAAAAAACCGCCGCUUAUAACAAAUAGUAGAACUGUAUAAGAAAAUAGAACCAAGCGCCAACCGAGAUAUGAUAGUUAAAAAAAUUAAUGACUUACGCACCAACUACCGUAAAGAAAAGAAGAAGAUAGAAGAGUCUAGCCGAUCUGGAGCAGGCACCAAUAACGUUUAUGUGCCAACAUUAUGGUAUUAUGAUUUACUGAAAUUUCUCGAUGACGACCAAGGAACGCUAAGAUCUUCUCGUUCCAACAUCGUCGAAGAUGAUAGUUCUGAAGAAACCAUACAAGCUUCAAUGAACAGCGAUGUUUUGCCAUCACAAGAUAGAGAUGAUAAUUCUCCGGAAACAGCUAGUACGUCUACACAAAUAUCAAGUCGCCCUAGGCCACCCAAAAGAAAAAGUAACAGUAAUCCUCAUUCAUUAGAUUCACCAGAUUUAUCUACCGACGUAUUGCAAGUCGUAAAAGAGCAUUUCAAGCGUCCUUUGUUGAGCGAAGACCGAUUUGAUAUUUUUGGCGAAAAUGUUGCAAUGAAACUGCGCGAUCUGCCAAUACAGCAAAGGCUGAUUGAUGAAAUAUUAUAAACGACUCAUCAUUUCAAGCAGAAAUGGGCAACUUGAGACUGCCACAUGGAGAGUUCAAUGUACGUGAGUUCUAUCGCACAACUCCCAGUCCUCCAACAUAUCAGCCACAACAGUUUAUUCGUGCAACUCCAACUCCCAGUCAUUCAGCACACCGGCCACAACAGUUCAUUCGUGAAAUCCCAACUCCAAGUCCACCAAUACACCACUCACAACA